AUGGACCUCUGCUGCGUUGUCGACGCGAUCCUCAUCUUCCUCCUGCGGAUCCCCUCCGCCUCCCAGCGGCUGCAUGCUCGCAGGCUUGAUCGGCUCAGGGAUCUUGACUGGGAGUGGAUGAGAAGUAGGGAGAUACCCCCCUUUUCUUCUCUGCGCGUGUGGAUGCAGGAGGGGUCCAUCACCUGCGACGGAAACCCGUCCUACCGCCGUGCGGUGAAGUUCAUGACCAAAACUUUGGCUCCUCCAUACAUCCGCUUCCUCUUCGCGCAGAUUGACAGGGAUUCGACUGGUGACUUCGAUGCGAUGGAGCUAAUGCGUCCCCUUCAUGAGCUGUUUCAGAUAGGCGAGAACGAGUUGGAGAAGAACUUCCAAGCCAUGGCUGAUCCUGGCGUCAUGGCAGUCAAGCCAGCAGAAUUUGUCCAGUGGUGGAUGUGCACCAGGAACAAUCAGGCGAUAAGCCAGACGAGCAGCAAGGAUCUCCUGCGCAUGAGCCAUCUGGCCCGCAAGUUCCUCGGGUUGAGCAUGAGCCCUUGA